GAAAACGGAAACCUGAUCCCGAUUUUUAUUCAGAAGUUGUAAAGCAUCUCGGCGUAGAAGCUUCCAACUGUAUUUUUGUUGAUGACAGGAUGAGGAACGUUGAAGCUGCAAUUGAACUCGGACUCAAAGGCCUUCAAUUCGAGAAUGCAGAUUUGUUGCGGAAGGACUUGUCUCUCCUCGGUGUCGAUAUAUCAACAAAUGAAAGUCAAGAACUCACUGAAUGUUCAUCAUAAGACUAUAUAUGUGAAUUCAUGAUAGUUCUGUUUUUUCCCUUUUUAACAUUUUGUCUUGAGGAACCAUCCUCAAAGCAACUUAUUUUAGCAGUGUAUGUUGCAGUUUUAGGCCAACAACCUAGAAUUUAGAAUCAACAUGAGGUAAGGGAGGACAGACAAUCAUCGAAUUCCUGUUAUUUCGCACAUAUAUUUUUAAAAAACCUACGUCAGCA